ACACACCAUGAACAUGGACCAGUCCUCUCACCUGGCACAGCCUCCAUACUAUGAGAACCAUGGAGCUUACCAGCCUCCUGUGCUACCAGGUUAUUUCCCACUCAACUGCUACACCAGCCUCCUGCCAGCUCCAAGCCCUGCCCAUAUCCCACCCACCAAAGACCAACAUUUCCAACACCAAGAGCAACAUCAACACCUGCUGCAUCAACAACAGUUUCAUCACCAGCCAGUGCCGACUAACCAGCUUGGUAGCUAUGAACCACGGAGCUACCUUCAACCUACAACAAAGAACAUGGUGGCUAUCAACCUUGCCUCUGAUAACGCUAAUAAAUACCAAAAUAAAAUUAUUGUUCCUCAGCUUCAUCAUCAACUUCAGCAGCAACAGUCAACUUCACUAUCAAUACACCAACAUCACCAUCACCAUCAGCAGCAGCAACAUCAUCACCAUCAACAACAACUGCAUCAACAACAACAACAGCAACAUGGUUCUUCAAUCUCUGUUCCAUGUGCCCGGAAUUACUAUGGCUCUGUAGGCAAUUAUUCCAAUGAACAGUGGUUGGUGAACACAAGUUCUCCUGCUACCUACUCUACCACCACUCCAGCAGUUGCUCCUACCGCCUGCAGCAGCAACACCAACAACACCAACGGCGGUGUCAGCUACAGCAACACCAACUCAGGCAACGACAAUAGUAUCACUCCAGACACUCUUCCGCUCACUUCGUACACUGAAGACACAUUAAAAUCUGAGGACAAAGUUAAGAAAAAACUCGUGUGUAACCAAUGCGACUUUUUUACGUUUAACAGGAAAACGUUGGCUAACCACAUUGCCAGACACACAGGCCAGGGUCUCCACGCUUGUCCUCACUGUCCAUUUAAUUCUGCUUAUCUUGGCACCUUCAAACGACAUAUGAUCCGUAAACACAACAGCAAAGCGGAACCGGAGGCUAGUCCUGUGGAGAAAAAAGAACGGUUAAAGUGCCCACAUUGUCCAUUUGUCACAAUAUACAAAAAGAAUAUGAAGAAACAUAUUGCCAAACACACUGGGGAAGGAGUACAUAAAUGUGAACAUUGUGAUUAUGUCACUGCUUAUAUAGCUGGCUUCAGAAAACACAUGCUGAAACAUGCUAAGGAUACCGCAUACACUUGUCCAUACUGUCCCUAUACGAGUCCUUGGAAGGGAUUUUACGAGAGACAUAUUUCAUCUAAACAUCCUGAUAAGAAAUCCUUCUCAUGCUCUAUGUGUAGUUACAUUGGAACCAGCAAACGUUCUCUUAAAAAUCAUUUAUUAAAACAUGAACGAGAUGUGCAAGGAAAUAAGUCCAUAUCAAAACUCAAUUGCUCAGAAACUGGUUGUAGUUUCACGACUGAUGACCCAGAGGCUCUCAAGGAACACUCAAACAAACAUGCAUCUUCUUCAAAGCAGUUCCACUGUAACCAUUGUUCUUAUAGCACGCCUCUAAAAGGACUUUUUAAAUUCCAUUUAAACACCCACGCUGAAGAAAUGGAUACUCAAAACAUCUCAUCUCAACGAUGGACCAACAACGUUCCCAUGAAGCCAGACCUCAUCCACGCACACAAUGUGAACCAAGCAUAUCUUCCUCACCCCUUACUGGGUGAUUCAGAUCACCAUCAUCUUCACCACCACCAACAACAACAGCAAUACCAACAACAUUUGGUACCUCCAAGACAAGUACCAGAGCUCGUACCAAUGUUCCAACCUCAACAACAAGAGCAAGUUGCGGUCAAUGGUACUACCCACAUAAAUAAUAAUUUGCCAAAACAAACACAACUUCAAGCUCUAAUGGGUUCCGGUAACAACCCCAAUGUUGCUUCUAAUCCUGACAACCUCUAUGAAGUUGGUCAAAAUGAUACAAAUGUUGUUAACGCGGCUGCAAAUGUAGCCUACAACCCAUGCAAUGUUGAUGCCUGCACCAAUAACGAAAACAUGACGGUUAACGUUACUAGCAGUGAUGCCACAAGACAUCCUGAUGGUACCGUAACCAUUACUGAACAUGGUAAUGUUCAUCGAAAUGAAAGCAGGAAUAUGUCAGUAAAUCAUGAUAACAAUGACACUACAUUGUCACAUAUUCCCAGUUGUUCUUUCUCACAAAAAUCUGAACACGUAAACUGUUUUUCAAAUAACAACAUUAAAAGUAAUCUCUGCUCUCGUAAAGGAAUUUCUACUAAAAGUUCGUCACCCAAAAUUUUUGGCUGCAAACAUUGUCCAUUCACGACUCCGGAGAAGAAUGAACUCCGUGUCCACGUAUCGUCGCAUUCCGGAAAAGAGCUUUUAUCUUGUCCACAUUGUCCUUUUACCACAGGAUAUCAGGGUACCCUACGGCGACAUAUGAACACCCACACCCGUGUGGGGGCCUACAUGUGUCCUCACUGUCCCUACAAGUCCACAUGGAAAGGUUUUUACGACCGACACGUCGUGACAAAACACACAGAAGUGUCUUUACAUCGGUGUCCAUACUGUGAGUAUACGUCUCCGAGGAAAGGGACUUUCAAACGACAUCUUGACACCCACGUUAAAGAUGAAAAACUUUGUAACAAGAAGUCUCUUCGAUACCGAUUGUUCCAAGACAAAAAAGACGAUGGGAAAUAUGUUUGUGAUCAUUGUGAAUACUCAACAGACGCGCUUGCUUCUCUGAAACGCCAUAUGGUUAAACACACUAAAGAGAACUCGUACGUUUGUUUGCAGUGCUCAUACACAGUCGAGUGCCAAACAACCUUUCACAAACACUUACAAAGGCACGAAGCUUCGAGUGUGGUAGCUCGAGCUGGUUUCUCCUGUACUUUAUGCGAUUUCUCGACCUCCGCGAAAACCAAACUGGAAAGUCAUCUUCAAAACCAGCACUCGAAACCCGGUCCUGCGGCCCCGAAAAAACGUAGAAAACGGAAACGAAUUUCAAGAAUUGAUACUGAGGAAGACCUUGUGUCGGAAGACCCAACGUUACAAGACCACAAAAAUACAGAGGUUUGUGAUGAUCCCAACACUCCUGCAGCUCCAAAGCCUGAAAAUAACCUCAAUUUGGAAUCGAAAUUUUGCACUGAUACAUCGGAAAUGAAAACUGAGCUCAGGUUGACGGCAGCUUCUGACGCUCAUGUCAAAGACGGUACAGAUGAACCGACAAACUCCCGAAGAUCUCGAGAUGAAAAUAAUAUUGCAAAUGCUUCGACUAUCCAUGAAACACACGCAGUAAAUCAGAACAUUGAACAACAUUUGGAUCCUAGUGACAAAAGUAUUGCUUUAGAACAGAACAAUUCGGAUAACUCAGAACCAAGUAUUAAAGGUUCACAUAAUCACAAUAUUGUUCAAGAAGGGUUAGCUGCACAAAAUUCCUCGUCUGGUUAUGUUGCCCCAGAAUUUGUUUAUAAUUUAGUUACCUCUCAUAAAAUAGUAGUUGAACCAGCAAAUUCUUUGAAAGUUCAAGAAUCAAAGCCAGAAGAUUCAAUAAGAACUCCCCUCACCAUCACACCUCACGCAACCGUCCCUCUAAAUUCUUCAGUCGUGUCUGCCCGAAAAACUAAAAAGACAAAAAACUGCCAAGAAAAACCUCAAAAGACGAAAAGAGUUUCCAAGAAACAACAAAGCGCGUCCACUCUAAGUGUUUAUAAGAUAACGAAAUAUUCUAAUCUCACUAAUGCUAAUACUUCUGCAAAUAUAGAUCGAAAUGGCAUGACGUCUGUUAGCAGCUCUGGCAGUAACAGCAUGCUUGGUACCCCUGCUCGUGCUGGUAUGGUGGCAUGUGGCAACUCUCCUGCAGUUGUCAAUUCGGUGGCAUAUGGCAACUCCGCCUCAGUUGCUAGAUCUUACCAUUCUUUGCAAGUACAAUUCGAGGCACAAUCUUCAAACAUGAACAUCAUUCAAGCAUCAUCUUUUGCAAAUCACCAUCAUCAUGAAUCACUCAACCCUAUGGGAAGGGUCCUAUUGUUUCCUAGCUCCUCCAGCGGGCAGGGCGCCAGCCUUGGUGACCCAGGAGUUAUGGUGUCACACAAUAACAACAAUAGCAAUGGCUUUCUCGCGCAUCUGGCACUUGCACAGCAAGUGACGCUCCCGCAUCUUGUGGCUCCGCCAGCCUCCUCAGACCAAACUUCAAUCAGUUCUACUUCUGCAAAUCAUUCUUCAAUUUUAACUUCCCCAACUACAAUGUUAACUCCUAUCACCUCCGUUCCAGUGACAUCUUCUGUAAUACAAGCCUCAGGUCCUGCCACCUAUGCUCCUACUUUUUGUGAGACUCCGCUCUAUAUUUCACAAAGCCCAAUCCAUGCUCCGCCCAUUGAAUCCUUAUCCACGCCCAUGGCUCCUCCUACUCCCAUACAUGCCCCGCCCACUGCCAUAGCUCCUCCUACUUCCAUUCACGCCUCGCCCACUGCCAUGGCUCCUCCUACCUCCAUUCAUGCUCCACCUACUGCCAUGGCUCCUCCUACCUCCAUUCAUGCCCCGCCACCCUAG